CGCUGGUCUCGGCACUCAAACUUUGGACUCUGAGGGAGAAACAGAGAGACUUAACCAACCUAGACGCGAUCUUUUCGCCGCAGGAGCGCUUUAACUCGCAGUUGUUGGACGUUUUGGACGCUUUCCGAGUGGGGAAAGGUGAAGAAAGGAUGAUGUUUACCAGUCUUGAUUGUGACUCGUCUUCCCGCUGCAGCAGCGCUUCUCCGGCUGGAGUUUACAGCCUCAGCCACUCUCAGGACUUUGCUGACAUGGCCGAUUCCCCUGCUCCUUUCGUGCCUACGGUCACGGCCAUCUCCUCCUGCCCUGACCUGCAGUGGAUGGUCCAGUCGGUGGUGUCUUCAGUGGCUCCAUCCACCGGCAGAGCUCAUCCUUACAGCCCCAACACAAGCACAUCUUUCUCCAGGGCUAGAACCCAAGGAAACAAGGCCCAGAGCUCCAGCAGGAGGGGCAGAAUGGAGCAGCUUGCUCCAGAGGAGGAGGAGAAGAGGAGGCUCCGCCGCGAGCGAAACAAGAUGGCCGCGGCCAAGUGCCGCAACAGGAGACGGGAACUCACGGACACCCUUCAAGCUGAAACUGACAAGCUUGAGGAUGAGAAGUCGGCCCUGCAGAACGACAUCGCCAACCUGCUCAAAGAGAAAGAGAGGCUGGAGUUCAUCCUGGCCGCCCACCGCCCCAUCUGCAAGAUCCCGUCCGAGAUGGACGCCACCACCGCCGCCACCUUCACCAACACUUCCUCGCCCGAGCCCAUAUCCGAGAUCCAGAACAUGGUGACCUCCACAGCUUCCAGACUGACCAGCACGACUUCGGUGACCACCACCUCUUCCUCCGUGUUCUCCACCCCAUCCGUUGACCUCCUGACCUCCACUGUAAAGAUCUCUGACCUCGACCCAUCCCUGGAGGCUUCCCUGGAGCUCCUGACAAAGGCUGAGCUGGACACGGCGCGCUCCGUGCCGGACGUGGACCUGUCCAGCUCGCUGUACACUCAGGACUGGGAGCCCCUGUACACACCGGCCAACCUGGACCUGGAGCCCCUCUGCACGCCCGUGGUCACCUGCACGCCCGCCGGCACCACCUACACGUCUUCCUUCGUCUUCUCGUACCCGGACGGCGACAUCUUCCCCAACUGCGGCCAGAUCCACCGCCGCGGUAGCAGCAGCAACGAGCAGUCGUCCGAUUCCCUCAACUCCCCCACGCUGCUGACCUUAUGAACUUGACGGAUGCGAUUAAAAACGGCGGGGUGCAGAUCUCUGACCUCAACGAUUGAACGAUUCGGCACGUCAUGACCUCGCCGCUAAUUGAAAAUGGUCUGUAUUGUAGUCAACACUUCAAGAUUCCAAGUAGAAGAUGGACGCAGUCGAAAUGCCAGUCUGCAGCACCCCCGUCCACUAUAGACUCGAUCCUUAUUAACACUGACCUUAAAGACUUUAACAGUGCAGGGCUACGGAACUGAUCCACUAAGCAAUGGUUGCUUUAUAUGUACUGCAUAUUUAUCUUUUUGCAUAUGUAGCAAGUUUAAGCAUGGUUGAGUAACGUUUGUUUCUAGAUAGAUAGAUAAAUAAAUAGAUAUCAUUAUUAUGCAGAUUAUAAUGUAUAGAUUUGAGUUUACUGGUGCUAGAUACCUGUAAUGUGGUCUGAGCAAUAGAACUGACCUAUUUGUUUUCCACAUGUGUGAACUGUGCAUCUUCUUUAUUAAACAGUUGUGCUUAAACAUUAUGACGGAAUGGUCUGACGUCCGAGUAUGAAGUUUUCUGUGAAAACGUUCUUUAAUUUAUGGAUUUUUAUUUUUGUACUGAAAUGUGAAGGCAAACUGAGCAACGUUUGCAAAGCUAGAAAUAAACAUAUUGAAUGUA